AUGAUCCAAAACAUCUUCUGGGGCAAUGCUUUAGAACCUGCCCUGAACAGAACAAUCCUGGUUCUUAUUCCUAAAUGCGAUAGGCUGGAAUCUCUCACAGAUUUUAGUCCUAUCAGUCUUUGCACUGUCCUGUAUAAGCUGAUCACAAAGUUAAUUGUCCGUCGAUUAAAGCCUAACGUUUUUAUCCUUAUUGACCAACAUCGAACCAGCUGUCUUGUGGGGCGCAACAUAACUGAAAAUAUCAUCAUAAACCAGGAAGCAAUUCAUUCUAUGAGAUUGUUCAAAAAUAAGAAUGAUUGGAUGGCUAUCAAGGUAGACCUCGAGAAAGCCUUCGAUAGAGUCAAAUGGAAUUUCAUCUCUGACUCCCUUAGCGAUGCGGGUCUCACUCCUAAUAUUAGACGUAUCAUAUUGAGUUGUAUCUCUUCUUCUAGCUUCCAAAUCCAAUGGAAUGGAAAGCUUUCGCAACAUUUUUUUUCAACUAGAGGUGUUAGACAGGGUGACCCCCUCUCACCCUACUUAUUUGUUUUGGCCAUGGAACGUCUGGGACUCGUCUCUCAUGCCGUCUCAACCGAUACUUGGCAGCCUUUUUGCUUCAGCCAUGGAGGGCAUCGACAAGUUGAAUCUUUAGGCAAAUAUUUGGUUGUGCCCAUUUCGCAUAGCCGAGCUAAGUGCUCAGAUUUCGGCUUUAUCAUUGACAAAAUUCGUAGUCGCCUUCAAGGAUGGGCAGCUAGAACCCUCUCAAUGGCGGGUCAUUCGACUCUGGCAAAGUCUGUCCUUUCAGCAAUCCCAGUUUAUUUAAUGCAAACCACCUUGUUGCCUAAGUCUGUUUGUAAUGAGAUCGUAAAAAUCCUCAGGCAAUUCAUAUGGGGUUCAACAACUGGAGCACCAAAGAUUUCUCUUAUCAACUGGGAAAACAUUUGCCAACCUAUGGAUCAUGGAGGUCUUGGGAUUCGGAGAAUCUCUUAUUUUAAUUUAGCCUUCAUUCUCAAAAUUGCUUUCUCCUUGGACAUUGAUACCUCUGCACUUUGGGUCCGCCUACUUCGCCAAAAAUACAAGAUUUAUGAAAUUUGCCCCGACUCUGUGUAUCGAACUACUUGUACCCCUCUGUGGAGGGCUAUUUCGACUACUUGGAAAGAUUUAAAAGCAAGUUUGGCAUGGUCUCUUGGAGAUCACCACUCAAUUCAGCCGCUUGAUCAUAUUUGGAUUCCAUCUUUGGGACCCUUACGCCCUCCUUUGGCUAAUUCAUCAGACCCCCUCGUGAUAUUUCCUUCUCGGACCUCAUGGAUAAUACUGGUAACUGGGAUCUACACAAACUCUGUCUAUUUCACUCCUGAUAGCAUUCCUCGUAUUCUUGGAAUCAAAUGCCCCGAUCGAAAUGAUGGUCCUGACAAGUAG